AUGUUUCUCCGCGCCGCAGCCCUGCUAUCCUCCCUCGCAGCGACGGCUGCGCAGACCCCCUCCCCCACGGCAAGUGGCUGGAGCACCACGCUGGCCGGCACACCCACAUCGUUCCGCUCCGUGUUUACGAUCCCCGCCUCAGCCGACGAGGGCGCGGAUCUACUCCCCAAUAUCAACGACCCUGCGGCUGUGGACGCGCAGGCCGUGUGUCCUGGGUACAAGGCGUCGCAGGUGCAGAGCGAUGAGCGGGGUGUGAGCGCUGUGUUGACGCUGGCGGGCGCGCCGUGCAGUGUUUAUGGGAAUGAUGUUGAGGUUUUGAAUCUGCGGGUUGAGUAUCAGAGUAAAGAUCGGUUGGCGGUGACGAUUGAGCCGGCGUUUCUUGAUGCGUCGAAUUCUUCGCAGUAUGUUUUGCCUGAGGAGCUUAUUCCGCGACCGGGGGCGGAGGAUGGGUAUGGAGAUUUGGAUUUGAAGUUUGAUUGGGCUGAUGAGCCGUCGUUCUGGUUCAGCGUCACGCGCGGAUCUACCGGCGAUGUCAUCUUCACAACCAAAGGCACGCAUCUCAUCUUCGAAGACCAGUUCAUCGAGUUUGUCAACACGCUCCCGGAAGACUACAACUUGUACGGUCUGGGAGAGCGUAUCCACGGCUUGAGGCUGAACAACAAUUUCACCGCGACUAUCUACGCUGCAGACGUGGGUGAUCCAAUCGACCGCAACUUGUACGGCAGCCAUCCGUUCUACCUCGAGACACGAUACGUGAACAAGUCCAGCAGCAGUAGUGAUGGUGGAUCCCCGUUCCAGUCGUACUCGCAUGGUGUGUAUCUGCGGAAUAUUCAUGGCAUGGAGGUCGUGCUUAAGCCUACCAACUUGACCUGGAGGUCGCUGGGUGGCUCGAUUGACAUGUUCUUCUUCGAUGGUCCGACACAGGCUGAAGUCACCAAGCAGUACCAGACGUCUGCCAUUGGUCUCCCGGCUAUGCAGUCGUACUGGGCGUUUGGUUAUCACCAGUGUCGUUGGGGAUACCACAAUUGGACUGAGCUACGAGGGAUUGUCGAGUCGAUGAAGGCGUUCGAUAUUCCAUUGGAGACGAUCUGGCUCGAUAUCGAUUACAUGGAUCAGUACCGCGACUUCACGCUCGACCCUGUCACAUUCUCUCCCUCUGCCGUUGCCGAUUUCUUCGGAUGGCUGCAUGGAAACAAUCAGCACUUCGUUCCGAUUGUGGAUUCAGCGAUCUACAUCCCGAAUCCCACCAAUGCCAGCGAUGCCUAUGAUACCUACAUGCGAGGAAACGAGUCUGGCGUCUUCAUGACGAACCCAGACGGUAGCCAGUACAUCGGUGCCGUGUGGCCCGGUUACACCGUCUUCCCCGACUGGAUGUCCACGAACGGCGUGUCGUGGUGGGUCAAGGAGAUGGUCGAAUGGCACAAGGAAGUUCCCUUCAGCGGCUUCUGGCUCGACAUGAGCGAAGUAUCCUCGUUCUGUGUGGGAUCCUGCGGAACCGGCAACGUCACGAUGAACCCCGUGCACCCACCUUUUGCCCUCCCAGGCGAAGUUGGAAACAUCAUCUUUGACUUCCCGGAAGGCUUCGGCGUCACUAAUGCUACGGAAGCGGCGUCGGCUUCUGCUGGUGCGUCGAGCCAGAACCCUCCACAGCCACCUGCUACAACAACUUCGACUACCUCCUACCUGCGAAGCGUGCCGACGCCUGGGCAGAGGAACGUCAACUACCCUCCAUAUGUUCUUGAUAACGUUCAGGGCGAUCUUGCCGUGCAUGCUGUUAGUCCCAACGCGACGCAUGAAAACGGAAUGCAAGAAUAUGAUGCGCAUAACAUCUUUGGGCACCAGAUCAUCAAUGCUACGUACCAAGGUCUUUUGUCUGUCUUCCCCGGCAAGCGUCCCUUCAUCAUCGGUCGAUCUACGUUUGCUGGGAGUGGCAAGUGGGCGGGACACUGGGGCGGAGACAACGCUUCGAAGUUCAUGUAUAUGAGGUUUUCCAUCCCCCAGGCGCUGUCCUUUUCGCUGUUCGGUAUCCCCAUGUUUGGAGUCGACACCUGCGGCUUCAACGGCAACAGUGAUGCAGAACUCUGCUCUCGCUGGAUGCAACUCUCCGCCUUCUUCCCCUUUUACCGCAACCACAACACGCUCUCCGCCAAUCCCCAGGAGCCCUUCCGCUGGGAGAGCGUAGCCUCUGCAUCCCGCACGGCAAUGCACAUCCGCUACUCUCUGCUGCCGUACAUGUACACGUUAUUCCAUUCAGCCCACACCACUGGCUCCACAGUCAUGCGCGCACUGUCGUGGGAGUUCCCCAACGAGCCCCAACUUGCCGGCGUCGACACGCAAUUCAUGCUCGGCCCCAGCAUCCUCGUGACCCCCGUCCUCGAGCCGCAAGUCUCCACCGUCAUGGGCGUCUUCCCCGGUAUCAUCGACGGCGAAUCAUGGUACGACUGGUACACCGGCGAGCGCGUCGAAGCAGCAGCUGGCGUCAAUACAUCGAUUCCCGCCCCGCUGGGCCACAUCCCCGUCUUCAUCCGCGGCGGCUCCGUCCUCCCUCUGCAGGAACCAGGCUACACGACCACGGACUCGCGUAAGAACCCAUGGGGGCUUAUCGUCGCGCUUUCCAGCAGUGGCGACGCGUACGGCUCGUUGUACGUCGACGACGGAGAGUCGCUCGAGCCUGAGGAUACACUGGAGAUUGUGUUCACGGCUAUGAAGGGGCAGUUGCAUGUUGAGCUUCAGGGUGGGUACAAGGAUACGAACGCGCUUGGGAAUGUCACCAUCAUGGGUGUGACGGGUAAUGUGGGCGCUGUUACGUUGAACGACUUGUCGGUUGAGAGCAGCAAGGUGGAUUACAGCCAGGAUACCGGUGUGUUGACGCUGUCGGGUCUGAAUGAUCUGACGAGCGGUGGAGCGUGGCAGGGAGCGUGGACGUUGACCUGGGCGGCGUAG